CGCCCGCGCCUCCUCCCGCCCGCGCCGCGCCGCUCGCAGCCGCAGCCCCCGGAGCCGGAGGAUUAUGAGCGAGCCAUGAGGCGGCUGCGGCGCUGGGCGUUCGCGGCGCUGCUGCUGCUGCUGCUGCCGCGGCUCCCACCGCCCGGUCUUGGGACCCGGGGUCCCUUCGGAGCUCUGCGCUGGCGAGUCUCACCCCAGUUGGGGCAACCGGGAGCCCCUGAGGUCACAGAGCCCAGCCGUCUGGUGGGGGAGAGCUCCGGGGGAGAGGUCCGAAAGCAGCAGUUGGACACCAGGGUCCGCCAGGAGCCACCAGGGGGCCCGCCUGUCCACCUGGCCCAAGUGAGUUUCGUCAUCCCAGCCUUCAACUCAAACUUCACUCUGGACCUGGAGCUGAACCAUCACCUCCUCUCCUCGCAAUAUGUGGAACGUCAUUUUAGCCGGGAGGGAACAACCCAGCACAACACCGGGGCCGGGGAUCACUGCUACUACCAGGGGAAGCUCCGAGGGAACCCCCACUCCUUUGCCGCCCUCUCCACCUGCCAGGGGCUGCAUGGGGUCUUCUCUGAUGGGAACUUCACCUACAUCGUGGAGCCCCGUGAGAUGUCCAGGUCUCAGGAGCCCCCCCAGGGACCCCUUCCCCACCUCAUUUACCGGACCCCUCUCCUCCCAGCCCCUCUCGGAUGCAGGGAACCAGGCUGCCUGUUUGCUGCCCCUGCUCAUUCUGCUCCUGUGAACCGGCCGAGGCUGAGAAGGAAAAGGCAGGUCCGCCGGGGCCACCCUACUGUGCACAGUGAGACCAAGUAUGUGGAGCUGAUCGUGGUCAACGACCACCAGCUGUUUGAGCAGAUGCGCCAGUCGGUGGUCCUCACCAGCAACUUUGCCAAGUCCGUUGUGAACCUGGCAGAUGUGAUGUACAAGGAGCAGCUCAAUACUCGCAUCGUGCUGGUUGCCAUGGAAACGUGGGCAGAUGGGGACAAGAUCCAGGUGCAGGAUGACCUCCUGGAGACCCUAGCCCGGCUCAUGGUCUAUCGGCGGGAGGGCCUCCCUGAGCCCAGUGAUGCCACCCAUCUCUUCUCGGGCAGGACUUUCCAGAGUGCCAGUAGCGGGGCUGCCUACGUGGGGGGCAUCUGCUCCCUGUCCAGGGGUGGGGGUGUGAACGAGUAUGACAACAUGGGCGCCAUGGCGGUGACCUUGGCCCAGACGCUGGGGCAGAACCUGGGCAUGAUGUGGAAUAAACACCGGAGCUCAGCAGGGGACUGCAAAUGUCCGGACAACUGGCUGGGCUGCAUCAUGGAAGACACAGGGUUCUACCUGCCUCGCAAGUUUUCGCGCUGCAGCAUCGACGAGUACAACCAGUUUCUGCAGGAGGGAGGCGGGAGCUGCCUCUUCAACAAGCCCCUCAAGCUCUUGGACCCGCCUGAGUGUGGGAACGGCUUCGUGGAGGCGGGAGAGGAGUGCGACUGUGGCUCGGUGCAGGAGUGCAGCCGGGCGGGCGGGAACUGCUGCAAGAAAUGCACCCUGACUCACGACGCCAUGUGCAGCGACGGACUCUGCUGUCGCCGCUGCAAGUACGAGCCGCGGGGUGUGUCCUGUCGUGAGGCCGUGAACGAGUGCGACAUCGCGGAGACCUGCACCGGGGACUCCAGCCAGUGUCCUCCUAACUUGCACAAGCUGGACGGUUACUACUGCGAUCAUGAACAGGGCCGCUGCUAUGGAGGUCGCUGCAAAACUCGGGAUCGGCAGUGCCAAGCCCUUUGGGGCCAUGCGGCUGCCGAUCGCUUCUGCUAUGAGAAGCUGAACGUGGAGGGGACAGAGCGUGGGAACUGUGGGCGCAAGGGGUCAGGCUGGGUCCAGUGCAAUAAACAGGAUGUGCUCUGUGGCUUCCUCCUCUGCGUCAACAUCUCUGGAGCUCCUCGGCUGGGGGAUCUAGGGGGAGACAUCAACAGUGUUACCUUCUACCACCAGGGCAAGGAGCUGGACUGCAGGGGGGGCCAUGUACAGCUGGCUGAUGGCUCUGACCUGAGUUACGUGGAAGAUGGCACAGCCUGCGGGCCCAACAUGCUGUGCCUGGAUCAUCGGUGCCUACCAGCCUCGGCCUUCAACUUCAGCACCUGCCCUGGCAGCGGGGAGCGCAGGAUCUGCUCCCACCAUGGGGUCUGCAGCAACGAAGGCAAGUGCAUCUGUCAGCCAGACUGGACAGGCAAAGACUGCAGCAUUCACAACCCCCUGCCCACAUCCCCCCCGACAGGGGAGACAGAGAGAUACAAGGGUCCCAGCGGCACCAACAUCAUCAUCGGCUCCAUCGCAGGGGCUGUCCUGGUCGCAGCCAUCGUCCUGGGAGGCACGGGCUGGGGAUUUAAAAACAUCCGCCGGGGAAGGUCCGGAGGGGCCUAAGUGCCACCCCCCUCCCUCCGAGCCUGGCGCCCAUCGUCUCUCGCCCUGAACCACGAGGCUGCCCCCUGCCCAGCCAUGGAGGGAGGCACCAUGCAAAUGUCUUCCGGGCCCAAGCCCUUCAACUCCUGGCCCCACGGUGUGGGGCGGGGGGAGGGUGUUGUGGGGGGCUGUGGCCCUCCCUGCCCUUCACUCCACCAGGGUGGACCGGGCGGGCCUGGGGCAUUUCCGUCACGGUCCACCACCCCACCUCAUGCGGCUUUGGCCUCGCACACCAACUCUCCCUGUGUGAAUGUAGCUUUCAUCAUCACUGAUUGCCACAGCAAGAGGGAUCCUCCCCACCCCACCCCGUGGGCAGGGCCUGGGAUGGCCCCUCCUCAAAACCAGGCAGCUGGGACCAGGGUUUUAGCUCUCUGGGACUUAGGGGGAAGGGGCUGACAUCUACUUUUUUUUUUUUUUUUAACUGAAUCUUAACUGAUGAAUGUAACUUUGGGGGUGCUGGGGCAAGGGAGGUUGUGGGGAUAUUUUGACAUUUGUGUGGGAGGGACCGGAGGAACUGAGACAUAGCCAUCCCCCGGGGCCCUCCCCGGGGAUGAUCCCACCUGGAAUCCUCUCAUCGAACAUAGCCGACCCCAAGCCAGGCAAGGGCAGGGCCUGUGCCCUGUGGCCCAGCCCUACCAAGCUUGGAGAAAAGAAUGAGUGCUGAUUCAAACCAAAGCUGCCUGUUCUGUGCCCAAGGCCUCGGUUAUGGGCACAACGACCACACGUCCCAGAUUGUCUUCAAUUUCAAAAUUACCAUCCUGCUAUCCCUGGCAGGAUGCAUGUAUUUGGGGUCUAGAAAAUCUAGACCCUGAUAUAAAAUAGCACCUAUCCCCCUUUCAAGAAGGUUGAUUCUGGGGCAGACUCAGGGUUUAGGUGCCCCCCAGCAUGGCCUAGGGGUCCCAGGCUGGGCCAUCUUCCCAGAGAGGACUUCCUCCUUGGGAAAGGCCAGGGGUGGCCCAGUGACUGGAGGGUUAGGGGUUUUGCCUGUGAUGUACAAGAGGAGGUAAGAAAAAAGGCAGGUUUCCUAUCUGAUCUUCAGCUUCUAGAAAAGUCCUCAAGGCCCUGUCGAAACCAUUCUGCUCCUUACCCCCAUUCCAGGGCUGAGUAGUAAGUUUACAGUUGUUCUCUCCCUAACAUCCUCUGAUCCCCACUGCAGUUGGGCCUGACAGACAGGCUGAGGCCAGGGCGCGAGUCCUCAGACCCGCCCCUGGCCUUCCCCAUGACCCAUGGGACAGUGGCGCCUCGGCUCUACUGCUUACAAACCAGCUGGCAAGGGCAAGAUGAGGGUCAAGCUACCUUAUGGAUGAAAGCCACAAAUGAGCGGAGCCCCUCUCCCCAGGAAUACCCCUUCCAGACUCAGCAGGGGCUUCUGGACACCCCAGGGACUUUGAACUGCCUGCUUCAUCCAGUCCCUCUGUUUCUGGGGCCUCUUUGAAGAGGAAAUGGUUCCCUGUUUAUCUGCACCACCCCUCAGGGCAAACGGGACUGAGACCCAUUGACACCCUUCUGGGUGGCCAGAUGCGGCUACAGUGGAGUCCUCCAUACUGAGCUCCAGCUGGCACUGCCCAAGAGAAGGGGGUGGGUGGGGCGCCCGGUGGGGCGCCCCCUGGCCAGUCCGGCUCCGCCAGUCCCACACACUGGAGCAGGGGGGCAGGCGGGGAAGGGCUGGCUUGGGCGCUGCUGCCGCGGUUCUCUAAGGCGUUCUCCGCUGAUGCACGGGCACACAGCCGGUGGUACCCCUGGCACAAGCAUUUGGAUCCACAUCUCCGCACAAGUGUGAAUACCUCUGCACGUGCAGACAGGCCUGUGCGCGCACACGCGUGGGGGCGGGCGUGAGGAUGUGGAGGGCUCGGGACUUCCUGUGACCAGUCCCCCGGCUCCCAGCUGUCUGCAUCCUCCCGCCCCACCCAGGCAGUGCUCGGGGAGGAGGGGAGGCUGCACUGGCCUGGGCCUGGAAAUGGCUCCAUACAGCAUCCUGUAAAUAUGUCAUCUGGGGCUCGGGGCGGGGAGGCAGGGACAGGGACAUCAAUUAAAGAUCAUGUCCUGGGGCUUCCAUGGAGCUCACACCAA